GAGUUCCCUCUUCGGCGGUUGUGUGCCGACCUUGUCGCCUGCAACGCGGCACUGAGUGCCGCAGAGAAGGGCGGCCGCUGGCGCCCGGCGUUGGUGUUGUUCUCCGCCUUGGACGGUCGUUCCGUGACUCCGGAUGUGAUCACGUACAGCUCGGUGAUGCGUGCAUGUGGGAGAUGCAG